CGAUUUUAUGUACUUACUGUUGAUAGAUUUGAAAUUAUAAACAAACUGUAUUCUACUAACUGCCUUCAUUACCUUACGCUGGAAACAUUACCUCUAUAAUUUUAGCUAUGGCAUUUGUAGAAUUUCUAUCAAAAAACUACACUUCAUUUUGCAACUUAAAUCAAUAAUUUUCAAGUUAUCAGAUGAUAUUUAAUGCAGAAUUAAAACUAGAAGGAUCUUACUUACUUACUUAUGCUUGUUACCUCUCAUGGAGGAGCAUAGACCACCAACCAACAUUCUACAUCCAACUCUGUCUUGGACAAUCCUUCCCAGCUGUUUCCAGCUCCUGUUCAUCCUUUUCACAUUUGCUUCCAAUUCUCAGAGCAGUGUGAACUUUGGCCCUCCUCCUUUUCAGUUCCCUCAGAAAUUACAAGUCAGUGCUUGCUUCGUGAUUCCGUUUGAUGAUUUCCUCAAUGUAUGUCCUAUUCACUUCCAAUAUCAUUUCCCGAUUUCCUUUCCAUCUGGAAACUCGUCUGUCCUCCUUCACAUUAGACGGUUGCUGAUGAUAUCCAGUCAACAGACAUUGAGUAUCUCAUGUAGACAAUUGUUUAGAAAUACUUGUACUAUUUGGAUGAUGGUUGUAGUGGUUCUGCAAGUUUCAUCUCCCUAUAGUAUUGAAGAUUCUGACUUUGAUGUUGGUUAACAGUUGUCGUGAGUUUCAUAUGUUCUUCAACUGUAGAAAUGCUAUCCUUGCUUUACCAAUUCUCGCCUUUACAUCUGCAUCGGAUCAUCCUUGGUCAUCGAAGCUUCCUCUCAGGUAAGUGAAUUUUUACACUUCUUCCAGAGUUUCUCCAUCAAGUGACAUUGGUUUGGUGCUCACUGAAUUGUAUUCGAACCUUGCUUUUUCCCUUGUGUAUAUUGAGGCCCACUGAUGAAGAGGUUUCUGCGACACUGGUUGUCUUGACUUGCAUUUGUUCGUGUGUAAAGGAUAGAAAAGCUAGGUUCUCUGUGAAGUCCAAAUCAUCUAGUUGCAUACAACCUGUCCAUUGUAUUCCUUACUUCAUAAAAAUCUUAAAA